AAUAAAAGCUCAAAAGUUUCUAGUGGCCUAUGCAGAAGUGAAUGACGUUUCUAUUUCUCUUUUUACAUUAAAGUCAUAUUUUUGGAAUGUUCAUUAAAACUAUUUUAUUUAUUGUGGCAUAUUUAACAUUCACGAAUGUAGUAACGUUUGAUCCCAGAAAAAAAAAUUAUUGUAACAUCUUUUGUAAGACUAAAAAACACACGGGUUGUGAUUGUGCACGAAGAGGAGGACGUACGGAAGUCGAAUUGGACAAAAUAUUUAAAUUUCGUAAAGUUGUCUUAGAUGAACACAACAAAUUAAGAAAUGGCAUUGCUUCUGGAAAUGAUUCUCGUACUCCUUCUAAGGCAUCCGACAUGAUGGCUAUUAGUUACGAUUUAGAAAUGGAGUACAUGUGUCGAUGUUAUUUGAGGAGCAGAUUUAACGGGUAUCAUGACGAGUGCAGAAUAACGUCUAAUGGCCGACAAGCUGGACAAAAUCUUGCUGGUAGAAAAGAAAAAGAUUACUCUUUUGACGUGGUAAGAGAUUCUAUCAAUGAAUGGUUCGAUGAAAUCUCAUAUAUGGAGUACGAAUGGUUCAACAAGUCACAUUUUCCGGACGAAGUGCACGUUUCAUACUUUACAGCAAUGGCUUGGUCGCAAGUUAAUAUACUGGGCUGUGCUCGAGUAUAUACACCAGAUCCAAAAAAAGAAGGCUUUAUAAACCCGGACUUUGUGCAAACUCUACUCUGCAAUUAUGGCAUUACAAUUCUGAAUGAAAAAUUUGCAGAAAUUAAUCUGCCUGGACAGCCUGUAUUUAAGGCAGGUAUACCUUGUACUGAAUGUCCAUACAACCUUAAAUGUAAUUCAAAAUACACCGCUUUGUGCGGGGAAAUUAAACCUAUUCCAACAGAUCCUGCGUAUGAAUUUAGUAACUCACCAACAAAAACAUUCGGAAAAAGAACCAUUUUUGUUGUGACAUUUGCUAUUUUGCGUCUAUUUUAAUAACAAUUUAUUUAACGAUUGCAUAACAUUUUUUUACAAAAUCAAUAAAUUGGCACUACCCA